CGCCCUCUGGCGCUCCUUUUCCGCUGCCCUAGCGCCCUUUUCGUUCGGUUGUCGGGUCUUUCGCCCGAAGUGACUACUCUCGGUAGCAUCCCUGGAAUCGGAAGAGACCUAGGGAUGCAGGCCGUAUUCAUUCAGAAUCUCUCCGAGCUGGAACGUACCAGGCUUCGGGAGAUAGCCUUCUUCUGCCUGCAGGAGAAGAAUCCUUCCUGGCCCAUCAAGAUGCCCAAAGCAAACAAGAAGGGCAAAUUCCUUCGCAAAAGAUUGGAUGUUCUAAGUCGUGACAAAAAAGUUUCUCCAGAUAAUGCUCAGACCUUUGGGAUACCCCUUUCCCAAGUCAUUGCCAACGACUUGGCCAACAAACGGCAGAGGGAAGCCAUGAAGAUUCCUCGGAGACAAGGCAUUGAUGUGGAGGCUUCCGUGCUUCGCUUCCUCACAGAGAAGCAUCGCCAGUGCAUGCAAGGAGAACACUCCCUGCUGGGAGCCCUGAUGGAGUAUCACAGGGAGCCUCUGACUCCCCUCUUUGCAGAACAUCCCCCAAAGAUCCAGAGAAGGGGGGGCUUAUCUGUUGACUGCAUUUCCGAUUUGGAUCAAGGCAACUCGCGCCUAUUGGAGGCCCUGCAGCUCUCCUUCCCUGCCAGUCGGGAGGGUGUAAAGCUCAUGGGCAAUGAGGAGAAGUUGGGGCUCAACCCUAUUUUCCGACAGGUCCCCGUUAUUGUGGACAAGUGCUGUGAGCACAUCGAGGAGCAUGGCCUGAAGACUCUUGGGAUUUUCCGUGUUGGAAGCUCCAAGAAGAGAGUGAAGGAGCUUCGUGAAGAGUUUGACCAAGGCAUGGAUGUCAUUCUGGAUGAGACCCAGAGCGUUCAUGAUGUGGCAGCACUGCUUAAGGAGUUUCUGCGGGAUCUGAGUGAGCCCCUGGUGCCCAGGGAGUUCUACCAAGUUUUCCUUCGAGCUGCCAGCCUGCCCACCGGUGAGAGGCUGGCCAUUUUGCAGCUGCUGAUUUAUCUGCUGCCCCCAUGCAACUGUGAUACUCUGUACCGCCUCCUGCAGUUCCUGGAUAAAGUGUCCAAGCAUUCUGAGGACACCAUUGGGCCUCAGGGCCAGAUGAUUUCUGGCAACCGGAUGACCGCCGCCAACUUGGCUAUGAUUUUUGGACCCAACAUCCUGCAGAAGGAGAAGAUGCACGAGAAGGACACCAAAGUUCUGGGGAUGGAGGAGAGCACUGCCAUGAUCACUGUGCUCCAGACACUGAUUGAGAAUUUCCAGAUCCUUUACAUGGUGCCCCCUGAUGUGCAGAGUGAGGUGCUCCUCAGCGUGUGGCAUACUGACCCUGAUGUCAUUGAAUAUCUUCUGCGUCAAAAAUUCAAGACCCCCAUGCCCUUGGCGGUCCCUGAGACAUCAGCUUCUGAUAGCGAGUCUACUUCGGCUUCUGAAUGCGUCUCUGCUGCUGGUUCGAUGUCCUGCUCUGCCCUCGAAUCUGCCACGUCCUCCAUUGCUCACUUGGGUACUCACAAAGAAACCGAUGAGCCCGUGGCAAGUACCAGUUCUGGGGCAGUCCAGAUCCCCACUCUUUUCCCGCCAUUUUCUUUCCUGAGGCUCCCUGGCCGCAUGGAAAAGGAAACUGCCAAGAGUUCCAAAACAAUCUUCUGCCUGCGCCCCUUCAGGUCUGGCCAUGGAGCUCAGACCCCUGAUGAUGCCUCCUCCAGCCAAGGAGUCUGCAUGAGGCUGUUUGCAUCCCAUGGCCAGCGCCAGAUGGCACGUUCUGAGGAUGAUGUUGUCGUAGAAGAGCAGGCCCCCCAGGUUGAGGCCAAAGAGGAAGAGGAUGAGGUCGAAGACAAGGGCAAGGGCAAGGGCAAAGGCAAGGGCAAGGGCAAGGGCAAGGGUAAGGGCAAGGCCCCCGCCAAGUCUGAAAAGCGGGCCAAAUCGCCCCUUUCUGAUGAUACCGAUUCUGAACCACGCCCUGGCUGCAGCUGGUUCCAGUCCUAAAUGGACGCACAUAUCUCUUGCUUGCUCUGCAAUUUGUGCUCCCCCACCCCACCCCUUUCCCGUAACUCCCUUAUAAUGUGCUGGGCAGGAUCUGACAGGUGCCAAUUUCUAGGCUAGUAUGAGAGAUCUCAGUGGGUGAAAAAUUGGAAGGCUGAAACCACAGAGGCUGCCAGUCAUGACUGACUCAGGCUUCUGUGGGGAGGUAGAGAGGUUCCCAUGAGAUCUCACACCUGGAGACCCCUCCAGGCCAGUAUUUCCAAAAUAUUUCCGUCCUCACUACUGGGGAUGGUCUGGGUCUUCAUUUCUUCUGGCAAAUCUCACACAAGCCGAUGACCCAGAAACAUUCCUACCUUCUUUGGUGCUGUUCUCUACUUGAGAGCCUCAGGGGAGAGGGACCAAAGUUUGAGGAAACUAUAGGACCAUACGAUGUGAGGGCAGAAAGGGACUUUGGAGACCACUUAGUUUUUCACCAUAAAACAAGGUGGUUAACCAAUGAUCUUUGGGGUCUCUUCCAGCCCUCAGUCUUAUGAACCCAAGUCUCCCAAUUCCAAAUCCAAUAAGGAAGAACCAGGUGUCCCAGACACCUUGCCCCUCCAAUUUAAUUUAGCAGACCUGUUCCCUGUGCACAAUUAUCUCCCUAUUGAUGCAUCUUUUGGUGUAAGAACUCCUUUUAAGGCAAACUGCCUGAACCCCUGCUGCUUUUCUCUUGUGACUGCAUGCCACUUAUGUUUACUGUCCCCUCCCCCAGCUGCUCCCCACAAAGAAGUUAGUAGGGGCCUUCUCAGGCCCCUUGUGAAAUGAACCUGGCAAGGCUGAGAAACUAGAAGGGAUACACAUACUAGCUCAUAGCCACCUCCGGACUUUCUUCUCUCUAUAAGAGACAGACCACUAGCCGCCUCGGGACGGCCCUUCUUCCAUCAUGGUGCAGUCUGCUCAGGUUUCAUCACCAAACAACCUCAUGUCAGAUUCUCUUACAAUCAUGCACAACCGGUGAAUGGUUUACAACAGGAGAAGGUACUCGAAUAAGUUUAGUUGAAGAUGCUUUUGCGUGUAGGAUGAGUUUGCAGAUAUCCUAGGUAGAUUUACGUAGGUAUAUUUUAUAUGCAAUCCUCACCUCUACCGUUACUGUAUCUUCACUAUGCAAGGUUUCAGCAUUCGCAGGCUAUGAGCUGGUAUGUAGGACUGAGCAUUUCAUCCGACAGUUAACACUAUAGUUGGCUAUGAGCCAUUAUGAUCUAUCACGUGAGCAGUAUAGUAUAUUGAUCGAAAGUUCUUGGAAAUGCAUGAUGCCGAUGGAUAGAGGCUGCUGGGGGAAUAAAACUUUAGAUGUAUACUUUUUCUGUGGUGUGUUGUAAUAAACAAAUGUGA